AUGCAAUAGGAGUGGCAAUUGCAAAUACUCCUUUGUUGCAUACAGGGCAUACGGAGCUGUUCCUAAAUGUAACAUUCACUUCGUCUUGACACUUGUCUUUAUACAAGUUAAUAGUGAUAUGGUUAAACAUUUUGCUUGCUAAUUACUCUAAACAUUGUAAGAUGGGUGUGGAAUUUGCAGAUUUAGAGCGUUUCAUUUUUGACGAUUGCAAUGAAGAUGCAAGUUUGAGUGGUGAAAGCUUUGAUACGGAUGAGCCUAAUGGAAACAACGUUAAGCAUUCGCUUAAAAGCAAAAUUCUUGAGAGGCGCGAGAACCUUGGAUUGGGCAAGAUAACAGUAGAUUUUUCUCCGAAACAAAAUUACCCGUUGACAGAGAUAGAAAAAGAAAAGGAUAGGAAAAGAAAAGAGAGUAACAGAAUUUCAGCAAAAAAAUGUCGAGAAAAACAGAAGGAAGAUCACAAAAGAAACAAAAUGUUACUGGAACAACUAAGGGAAGACCAGCAGAAGUUGUUGAGCAGGGUGCAACAAAUUGAAGAGGAGAAAAAUAAAGUUAUGUUUGCAUUGAAAAAGAUAUUACCUGAUUCCUAUAUUCUAGAAACUUUAAAUCAAACUAACUAUCAUGAACUUCGUGAAAACGCUGUUGCUAAAGACAAUUUAGAAACCAUUAGAACUAUAGAACAGACACAAUUAAUACAAAAUGAAGAGCAAGAUUUAUUGCAUAUUACAAAUGAACAAAACAUGCAUGAGGAUGAACAUCUAGGAAGUGAAACCUUGUUUUCGUGUCUUAUUGGUGACCAAGGGGAUGAGGUACAAACAGUUGACCAGUUGGUUAAUUUUGAGAUAGGAAAUGAUAUUUUACUGUCUAUAUUCACGCAAUGAUAGGCAAUGUUAAUGACAUUGGAACUAAUGUGUAGGUUUUCACAAUGACUCAGUAUUUUAUGCUAGAAUCAAAAUUUAACCAGUACAUUCAAGUCUCAUUUUAAAACAUAUCAUUUCUUUUAAAAUAAUUAAUGAAAAUUAACCAACAACCAACAACAACAACAACAAACACACAAAAAAUAUUACUAACUUUAUGUAAUAAAUAACUAGUCAUGUUCUACCUUACAUAAACUAUUUACUUGGUAACAUCUUGGGAAAAUAUGUUUAUAUUUGAUAAGCCAAACAAAUUUAUGGAAUAGUCAUAUGUUUUAAUUUGUUGCAUAAUUAUUUAUCAAUUUGUAAAUUAAUAAAACAUAUUAAUAUGUA